CUGGCCGGCUGGGGAGGUGGAGGACGGGGAGAGAAGAGGAAGGAGGCUCCGGGAGCAAGCGAGACAAAAAGGGAGAGCAGAGAGAAGAAGGAUCAUCUCUCAUUUCUUUAUCCCCCUCCCCCCCCCUUUUGAGUUUAUUUUCACCGGAAACUUCCCUCAUCAACUCCACCCAUCAUCAAGCAUCACCCCAUAAGCUCACAAGGUCCUCAAAGAUGCCGUCCAACACUGUCACCAACACCAAUGCCACUGCUUUCAAAGGCUCAGACUUCACUGAUUCACCUGGAAACAGAAUGGGUGAGAGCACAAUACUGGACAUGGACCUGAUGGUGGAGGAGAAGUCGACUAAAAGUAGUGCCUCCUGCAAAGUCGGCAAGCCAGGAAGAAAGCGCAAGCAGUUUUCAGUCGAGGGCUGUGGCUCUUUCAAAGACAGCGUGAGUGUGGGCAACAGCUUCGCCGGGGUGGGAAGGCUGUCCAUGGCGCAGGUCCACAACGGAGACAUGGGCGGGCACAGGGACAGGAUGCCCGACGCCUGCUUCCUCAAACAGGAGAAGAGGGAAGUGGAGAACGGCAUCCCCAGAGACCCUUCCUCCUGCUGGGCGGAGGACGGCUCCCAGGGCCGGAGCCCCAGCCCCUCGCAGGAGAACGGGUUCCUGCCCAGCCGGAACGAGCCGGACUCGGAGAGGGACAAGGACGACAGCUCCAUGACGCCGCACAAGAAGCGGGGCAGGCGGAAACUGGAGCGUCCAACGAAAUAUGUGGAGCACAAGGAGGAGGACGGGAGCGAUGCAGUCAAGACCGAGGGAGGUCGAGGCAGGCUGCGAGGGGGAGUUGGUUGGGAGAUCAGCCUCCGUCAGAGGCCCAUGCCCAGAAUAACCUUCCAGGCUGGUGACCCUUAUUACAUUAGCAAGCGGACCAGAGAGGAGUGGCUGGCCAAGUGGAAGAUGGAGGCAGAGAAAAAGGCCAAACUGAUGUCAGCGAUGAACACCAUGAAGGACCACGAAGAAAGUGAACCAGAGACCCAGAAGGAGGAGGAGGUCUCAAUAAUCAAGCACCCACAGCCUUCAAAGCAGCCGCCGCCGCCGCCGCCGUCACAGCAGCAGCAGCAGCAGCAGUUGCCACCUCAGUCUCAGUCACAGCCUCAGUAUCAACAGCAAUCACAGCCGUCUCUGCCGCCUCCGCCGCCGCAGCAGCAUCAGCCGCCGCCUCAGCUGCCUCAGCAGCAGCAGCAGCAGCCCACUGACCCGGCGUCCCCCACGGUGGCCACCACCCCCGAGCCCGUCGCCAUCGGAGGAGGAGACAAGGCGUCCCCCAAGUCUGCAGACACUGAGCCAGAGUACGAGGACGGCCGUGGUUUUGGCAUCGGCGAGCUGGUUUGGGGGAAGCUGCGAGGCUUCUCGUGGUGGCCAGGCCGCAUCGUAUCCUGGUGGAUGACGGGACGGAGCCGAGCCGCAGAGGGAACCAGAUGGGUCAUGUGGUUCGGAGAUGGAAAAUUCUCAGUGGUUUGUGUAGAGAAACUCAUGCCUUUAAGUUCCUUUAACAAUGCCUUUCACCAACCAACUUACAACAAGCAGCCCAUGUACAAGAAAGCCAUCUACGAAGUGCUUCAGAUGGCGAGCAGCCGGGCGGGGAAAGCCUUCAUAGCCUGCCCCGACAGCGACGAGACAGAAACUUCCAAAUCAGUGGAGAUGUUGAACAAGCAGAUGAUCGACUGGGCCAUGACCGGGUUUCAGCCCACUGGGCCCAAAGGCCUGGAGCCACCAGAGGAGGAGCGUAACCCGUACAAGGAGGUUUACCCUGAGAUGUGGGUGGAGCCAGAAGCCGCGGCGUACACGCCUCCCCCGGCCAAAAAGCCCCGCAAAAGCACAGCAGAGAAGCCCAAGGUCAAGGACAUCAUUGAUGAGAGGACACGAGAGCGGCUCGUUCAUGAAGUGAGACAGAAGUGCCGCAGUUUAGAGGACAUCUGUAUCUCCUGUGGAAGUCUGAACGUCAGCCUCGAGCACCCUCUGUUUGCAGGAGGAAUGUGCCAGAGCUGCAAGAACUGCUUCCUAGAAUGUGCGUAUCAAUACGACGACGAUGGCUACCAGUCGUACUGCACUAUAUGCUGCGGGGGGCGGGAGGUGCUCAUGUGUGGAAACAACAACUGUUGUCGGUGCUUCUGCGUGGAGUGUGUCGACCUCCUCGUAGGUCAGGGCGCUGCUCACGCCGCCAUCAAGGAGGACCCGUGGAACUGCUACAUGUGCGGUCAGAAGAACGCCUUCGGUUUGUUGGAGCGCCGCUCCGACUGGCCCAGCCGCCUGCAGCACUUCUUUGCAAAUAACCACGACCAAGAUUUUGAAUCACCAAAGCUUUACCCCCCAGUCAUGGUGGAGAAGAGGAAGCCAAUCCGUGUCCUGUCGCUAUUUGAUGGCAUCGCAACAGGGCUGCUAGUGCUGAAAGAACUUGGCAUCCAAGUGGAUCGUUACGUAGCCUCUGAAGUGUGUGAAGACUCCAUCACUGUGGGCAUCGUCCGGCAUCAGGGUCGCAUCAUGUACGUCGGCGACGUGAGGAACGUUACCCGCAAACAUAUACAGGAGUGGGGUCCUUUUGAUCUAAUUAUUGGAGGAAGUCCGUGCAACGACCUCUCGAUCGUUAAUCCUGCCAGGAAGGGUCUUUAUGGUAGGUCUCAACAAGAGGGCACUGGUCGCCUGUUCUUUGAGUUUUACAGGCUGCUCCACGAGGCCCGGCCGAAGGACGGCGAGGACAGGCCUUUCUUCUGGCUCUUUGAAAACGUGGUGGCCAUGGGUGUGAGCGAUAAGAGGGACAUAUCUCGCUUCUUAGAGUGCAACCCGGUGAUGAUCGACGCUAAGGAGGUGUCCGCGGCCCACCGCGCCCGCUACUUCUGGGGUAACCUUCCUGGCAUGAACAGGUUGGUGUGUGAAUGGCCUUUGACUGCCACCUGCACUGAUCGGCUGGACCUCCAGGACUGUUUAGAGCACGGCAGAACAGCUAAGUUCGGCAAGGUCCGGACCAUCACCACCAGGUCGAACUCCAUCAAGCAGGGCAAGGACCAGCACUUCCCCGUCUUCAUGAACGAGAAGGAAGACAUCCUCUGGUGCACUGAGAUGGAGAGGGUGUUCGGCUUCCCUGUCCACUACACGGACGUCUCCAACAUGAGCCGCCUGGCGAGGCAGAGGCUGCUGGGCCGGUCGUGGAGCGUCCCGGUGAUCCGCCACCUCUUUGCACCACUUAAAGAUUACUUCGCCUGCGUUUGAGCAGCCGGCGGGAAAGUUGCUCAGACCCGUUUAGGAACUCCGACUGUAUGUUGUGACUAGAAAUAAGAGCCUUGAUCCUCGAAUUAUACCCCACCGGUAUAAUUUGUGAGCGAAACAUUGACGUAGAUUUCACAUUAUUUCUUGUAUUUUGAUUGUAAUUCUUAUUCUAUUUAAUUUUUUGAUAUGUCAUUUUACCUUUUAGCAGUGUUAUCGAGUAUUGUUGAUUUGUUUGUGCAAGCUAUACUUGAGACUAUGCUUUCUUCUCAAGACACUGAGACAGAAAAGUGCUGAACAUGCAUCGUGAAAAAGAGAGGCGGCUGGAAAAAGGCAAGGAAUGGUCUUUUUUUUUUCCUUCUUUUUUUUUUUUUUUUUUUGUUCUUUUUUUAAAAGAUAUGUGAAACGUUUCUGCUGUGUGAGCGGCGCCGCGAGAUUCCCACCGGCGGCGCGGCCAUGCUUCCAGCUACUGAGCCUCACAGAGAUGUGAAGAGCAGAGGCGGUGUGUUUUUUUUUUUGCUUCAGUGUCAGGAGAGCCGUUGUCUCUGAGAAUCCAAAACACCAGAUCACAUAUACCUCUUUGUUUACAGUUUCUAUACACAACUGAAGGUAAUAAAAGGUACUACUGUAAUAAUGGUGACAAUACCAUGGUGCUCCAAGAUGAGGAGAAACAUCAUGUUCCAUGUGGCGCUCGACAAUACGGAGCUGUUUAACCUGUUGCUCGAAAAAUAACUGAUAUUUUUACUCUAAUGGGGGGGGGAAAAAUGCUCCAAUUUGUUCACUUGAAGGGAAAGUGACAGACUGCAAACUAGAGCUUAUCUUCUUUUCUGCGUUUUACAGCUUUUAUAUACAGUUUCUACUGGUGCUUGUUGACUCUCCCAGCCUUGCUACACUCAGGCUCAGGGCCUGGAUCUGCACAAACAGAAAAGUGAAGCUAGCCACAUGGGGGAUGAUGUUUUUUGUCAUUAACAAACAAACAAAAAAAAAAAAAACAACAAAAAAAAAAACUUAAGAUCAAAAGUCUGUGGUGAGCUACUUUUUUCUAGUUUCAUCCUGACCAAAUGACAUUACUGUACAACUGUUCGUAAAGCAAGUGUGGGUUGCUGGAAGGAGGACGACCAGGCUGGUAAACUCUCCUCCUCCUCCUCCUCCUCUUCCUCCUCCUCCUCGACUUCCACCUUCUGUAAACUGUAAAAACUGUCAGGUGCAACUCCUCAACAAUAUGGUGCGGCUUCACAAAGUUCUUCUACCUUUUUAUAGCAAUUUUGUGCUGUUUUAUCAACAUUAUAAAGCACUUUUAUAUGUAUACUUUCAUUUUUUUUUUCUUGGUAUUUUUUAAAAAAAGAAAUAUUGGUUCUUGUGAAUUUUUGUUUUUCUUUUGUUUUGUUUCGUUUAGUUUGAUGAUGUGAACUGAUCUACCCUCAUGUAAUACUUUUUUGUAUACAGUAGGGCUGUGCCAAUAGAAGUGAAAGAAUGGAUUUUGAUAUGUGAAACCCAUCGUUAUUUGACUCAAGUGUACAGUUGGUGGAUUUGACAUUUGUAACUUUCCCUUUCCAUCGUCCAUAUUGUUCUCUGUUUUAAAGCAGCGAUGCAGUAUGCCUCCCCCUCCUCCCCCUCCUCCCCCUCCUCCCCCUCCUCCUCCUCCUCCUCCUCCUCCCCCCCUGUCCAAUUUCAAAGAAUGUCUACUUCUCUUGAGAUUGUAAAAUGUAAUAAGACAGAGUGAACGCCUCUGUCGUCUGCUUUGUAAGAUAUUUUUUUGUCCCUUGUGAAGGACAGUCAGGCCUCUCCCCCCUCCUCCCUUGAUAAUAAAUGCUAGUCGUCAUGUUGGCUAAUCUUUUAAGUAUACGGAUCCAAAAUUUGGAUCUUAAAUUCACCAACUAAAUUCUCUUGAUUGUAACCCGUCGAGCUAAUUAUGGAGGAUUUAGGCGGCAGUUUUGUCAAAACGAAAAACUGACACAGUGUUCGGCGAAUGCGUCGGCACUCAAAGAGUAAAUAGGGUAAUAAGAAAAAAAACAGAUGUUAUCGCGUAUCUAUAUCGUAUUUAAGAUUCUAAAUUUGAAAUUUAAUUUCUUAAUGUAAUUAAUUUCUUAAGUGACCUUAUCGCCAUCGUUUUUUGUCCAUGUUCAUCCCGCUCGAUAUGAGCUCCUGCGCUUUGUGAUAUUUUAACCAGAUGUUUUAAUCCCCCGCUCCUCUGAUGAUACUGAACACCCCCUCAUGUUUGUACAUUUUGUACAUAGUGUUUUCCACUUCCUUUCUCUCUCUCUCUCUUUUUUUUUUUUUUUUUUUUUUUUUACGUGUGAGAUGUACAAAUAUAAUUCUUUGCUAAUAUAUAUCAUCGGAUUAGAAACGAGGAAAAAAUUUAGGUUAAAAAUAA